AUGAGGCUGCAUCUGGAGUUCUAUGCCCAGUUCUGGGUUCUUCAGUGCAAGAGCGACCUGGAAAUACUGAAGAGAGUCCAGCAUAGGGUUAUGGAGAUGAUUAGGGAACUGGAAGAGUUCCCCUGGAUCCCAGAGGAAAAUAUAUCUAACAGCAGCUUCCUUAACAAGAUCCUCCUCGGGGCAUUUGCAGACACACGGAAGCUGCAGCUCUUGCACUUCUCGCUCUUCCUGGCCAUCUACCUGGCUGCCCUCCUAACCAACAGCCUCAUCAUCACAGCUAUAGUCUGUGACCACCGUCUCCACAGUCCCAUGUAUUUCUUCCUCCUCAACCUCUCCCUCCUCGAUCUUGGCUCCAUCACUGUCACUGUUCCCAAAUCUAUGACCAAUUCCCUGAGCAACGCCAGGGCCAUAUCUUACUUGGGAUGUGUUGCCCAGGUCUUUUUCCUUGUCUUCCUGUUGUCAGCAGAAUAUUUUCUUCUCACUGUCAUGGCCUAUGACCGCUUUGUUGCCAUCUGCAGACCCCUGCACUACGAAACCCUCAUGAACACCAGAGCUUGUGCCAAAAUGGCAGCGGCUGCCUGGGUCAGUGGUUUUCUCUAUGCUGCCCUGCACACUUCCAACACAUUUUCACUACCACUCUGCCAAGGCAAUGCUGUGAACCAGUUCUUCUGUGAAAUUGCUGAGAUCUUCCAGCUCUCCUGCUCAGAAUCCUACCUCAGAGAAGUUGGAGUUACUUGUGUUAGUCUUUGCUUUUUCUUUGGGUGUUUUGUUUUCAUUGUGGUGUCCUAUGUGCAGAUCUUCUCUGCUGUGCUGAGGAUCCCCUCUGAGCAGGGACGGCACAAAGCUUUUUCCAUCUGCCUUCCUCACCUGACUGCUGUCUCCUUGUCAGUCAGCACUCUUACUUUCGCCUACCUGAAGCCCCCCUCCAUCUCCUCCCCACAUCUGGAUUUGGUGGUGGCAGUGCUCUAUGCAGUAGUACCUCCAACACUGAAACCCCUCAUCUACAGCUUGUGGAACAAGGCGUUGAAAGAUGCCUUGAUGAAACUGCUUAGCUGGGUACUGCAUCAGUAUCGGUAA